UUUCAUUUUCUUUCGCAAACCGCCGCUCCGCAGCCUAAGAGUAGUAGUAACUAGACGACUUGCUAAUUGUAGCCCCAUCAUUGAUAUAAGUCAACUUCAUGCAUCAUGAUCAUUUCUGGAAGUGAUGAACGGCAAGUAGAAGUCAGCCCCAUUUCAAGCUUGGGGAGGAGUGUUCUAGAUGACGAAGAAUCGGGUCCAAAGGAAAUCUCAUUUUUGCCAGAUGCCACAAUGGACAAUGGGAUCAAAAGUAUAUUUGUAAAGCGGGACUAUGCCUCUCUGGGAAGUGAUAUAAGAGAUACACCAACAUGUUCACCCACAUCCAGUGUUUCCAGCUCUCCCACCUCUUUGCAUCGACCAGUCGUUUCAAGCAAUAAUUACGAGGUCGUCCAAUCCACAUCACCACCGCCACAACUACAGCCACCAAUUACGAUGGCUCGGCGAUUGCGCCGCGGCAACAAGAAAGAUCGAUAUCCUCAAAAGAGUCAAAAGGACAGCAAAAGCAGCCAUACUAGCGCCACUACCGGUAGCACCAUUACUACUCCUGCUUCCUUUGGAAAAGCGUCACAAAACAACAGCAAGAAAACGGGCCAUUCUCAUUUGUAUGGAAUCAUAUUGGUUCUGCUGCUCAUGAUCUACACGAUUGGCUUGUUCUACUUGCGCCUCAAGAUGGAAGCUUCCGAGAUUGAACAGCAACUGGAUCAAAUCAAGGUACCUCAGGGCUGGAGGCAACUCGAUAGCAAAAUCCUCGAAAAGAUGACAACUAGCACGAAUGUUAUUGGCGGUACAACAACAAAUAAUGAUGAAAACAGCAGAAGAACUGUCCGAGUCCAACGGCAUGCUCAGAUACGAUUCCCUCAGGUAGACAAGAAUGAUGAUUCCACCAUGGUUCUGUUCUACCACAUUUACCUCCCGCAACCAGAUCCUUCCGAAGCACUGCGAAUUAUCCGCGAACAGCUCCAACAAAUUGCCAGUUAUACGCCGCCAGGCAAGCAAGUUUUGCUCUUGUACACCACCAUCGGUGACCGCCAUGCUCUACUGCCCGAAAAGAUGCACAACUGGUGUACCGAAACCAAACUGGAAUGUCGUCGACUACAGCACUACGAUGUUGGUCGAGAAGAACUCACGCUGCAAAUGGUGAAUGACUUUUGUCAACAGCAACCGGCCGACUAUCGAAUAGGGUAUCUGCACAACAAGGGAUCGCAUCAUCCAUCUCCACUCAAUGAACAGUGGCGUCGACUCAUGACCCACGCCGUCAUGAAGGAGGAUUGCUGGCCGAGCAAACAAAAGAAUUACGACAAUUGCAACGUCUGCGGUCUCUACUUUACAUUUGAUCGCGGUCUGUUCAUGGCGGGCAAUGUCUGGACGGCCACGUGUGGAUACGUGCAACAACUCAUGGAGCCACGGUACUUUGAACCCAACAUGACCGAGAUUGUCACCAAAGCGUGGGUGCAGUCGGUCAAAUACGGAACAUUCGGAUACACGCAGUAUCCGCAAGAACCUCCCUUUCUCGGGUUGGAUCGAUACGCGGCGGAAUGGUGGAUUGGCAGUCAUCCUACCAUUGAACCGUGUGACUAUUCGGGGACCAUCCCCAAAGGCGUUGGGUAUGAUCGAACCAAACAGUUUCUCAAACUCGUUUGGGAUACGACUGGUUUGAACAUGACGAGCAACUUUACCUUUGUCGCUGGUCCCAGGUUUCCGGGACAACGCUACAAACUUCCAAAGGGUAGCAUAUACAACCGACAGAAGAUGGGCGGCGAAGAUCCAGACUACUGGAAGAAGGAGUACUUUUUGUUGCCUGGAAUUGUGUAUCGAUGGAUCCAACUAUAUCAACAGCUGCCUGGACCGAACAGUUGGGUGUGGCGGCAUUUUCCGCACGGGGACCUGUGGAAACGAAGCGUCCAACAGUAUGGGUUGGAUGUCAUGGAUCGUAUUCAUGAUGAUGAUAGAGAAGAGGGGACAACAGCAACAGCGUCAUCCGCAGCCGUAGUAGGUGCUGUCGCAGAAACGUCGUGAAACACACAGUGCGCCAUGGGCGAAGAAGAACAGUUCUUGACGACAACAGCGACGGGCAUAUACUAUAGCGAUGGUCAGAGGACCAUAUCAUAUUUCUGCUCGACCAUUUAUCAGGAUCAGGGGGCGGGCACCGACUCGACUCUCGGGUUUGAUUUCCUUGCACACCAGCACCCACAGCGAGCUAGCUUGGUCGGUGUAGAAUCAGCCAAUGAGCGAGACCUCGCAAUGAGGGUUGGAUGAAAAGAAGCAUCCCAUCGAUACAUACGGUAGUGAUCGUCCGGCAUCUUUUGCCGCGGUUGGGGUGCUUCCCAUGGAUGCGCGACUUACUCAUAACUCCAGCUAUAGAGCAGUCUUGUGAACUAAGCCAUACUACUACAACUCGAUGAUUCAAUUGCAUUGCUUGUGGUUACGAGGUCUGCCGCCUAUCCUGCGCCGCCCCUGGG